AGGAUCUCAGUGCCCAGCAGGAGCAUCCGAACGGCAAUCGGCGCAAAGGCCUGUGACUUACCGAAACAUGCCUCUGCCGCCAACAUCUGCUGUCAUCAACGUACUCAGACAGUUGAUAGACAAUCCUCCCAGUAGUUUCUUUGUCUUGAGGUGUUUCUUACCGUGUGCCGAGUUCAUCGACCUCUGCCGAAACGUUUACUUCUCCGUCGAUGACUUUACUGCCAUCGAAUUCAUCAUAGUAAAUUCGGGUCUACACUAUCUCUUCACAGAAUACUUUUGUCCUCCCGGCCUCGGGAAUUCUGCGCUUCGGAAACAGUCUCUCACCUGGGGGGCAGUGUAGAAAUG